AUGCUUAUUUGCUUGAUAUUUAUUCUGGUAUUAAAAUUACAGGUGCAACUUGCAGCUGCUUCAUGUAAAAAAAUAUUACAAUUAGCAAUAAAAAACCGAGAAAAUGAAAAAGUUUCUAUUGAGUUUGAAUUGUUGAAACUUGUUCGAUUUCAGGAAUCUCGUAUUUCUGAUAUGUGCAAGCAGUUUCUCUUAACAUGUGCUGAAAAAGCUAAUCAAGAAAUUAAUUUAAUAAAAACAAAAAUUGAGAGUUUUGAAAAUGCAGAUCAUAAAGCAGAAUCUGAGCUUCUUGAAAUAAUCAAGUCUGUUGUAAAAGCUUUCAUGGAAGAUACAAAAAAACAAACUGAUGCUUUGAAAUCUGGUUUGGAAGCUUUAACAAAAAAGAAAAUGAGAACAGAAAUUGAGGAGUCACAGUUUGUAGCAGCUUGCAGCAGACAAUUUCGUUCUCAAGCUGAUUUGAGAGAAAAAGAGAUUACUCUUAUAAAUCAAGAAUUGGAGUCCUUUUCAAGCAUUAAAAUUGAUUAUGAAGAUGUAAAAAAUGAAAUCAAGGUUAUGGUACUGAUUGCUGAAAAACUUGCUGCAGAAGCAAUUCAGACACGGAAGAAAGAAAUAUUUAACACUCAAUGUGAACUUAUUGGAAGGUUAAAGAUUAAGGUUUCAGAUGCUAUUGCUAACUGUAAGGAUCAUUUUAUUCAAGCAUCGAAAAACAGGAAAAAUGUGUUAAAUGAAUUUGAAUGUGAACUUGAAAAGCUUAAAGAAAUUAGGAAAAAAAUAAGAAAAUAUGAAAAAGACGUCGUAUGUUGUUUCUAAUUAUCACUGCUGUGCAAAAAUCAAUUUAUUAGACACAAAUCU